AUAUUGGUUAUCUUUGCAAGAUACAAAACUGAUCUCAAUUCUGUGCUUAGUCAGCCUUUGAAUCUACCAAAAUGAAGUUAUCUCACAUAUUUUUUAUUACAUUAGGUUUAUUAAGCUGCACCGCGUCACUACCAACGCUAGUACCAUCAGCAGAAGAAUCUUCAGCUCGUAUAGUUAACGGAUUUGCAGUUGACAUCUCCCAAGUUCCGUAUCAAGCAUCACUCCGAGGCAGGACCAUCACUGGUUGGUCUCACAUAUGUGGAGCUGUCGUAAUAAGUACUAGGGCUUUGGCAACAGCUGCACAUUGUGGAGUUAAUUUCGUAAACCAACCAUCUUCAGUGGUGGCAGCGGUAGGCACAUCGCAGCGUAACUCAGGCGGGACUACUUACACUAUAUCACGCUUUAUAAUUCACGAGUUGUACAGCAACACGACCUUGGAACAUGACAUAUCUGUAGCUAUCACUGUCCAGAACAUGGUGUUUGGUUUGAAUGUUGCUCCAGUGACUAUUGCACCGCUUGGCAUGACCGUUCCGACUAAUGCAGAAGCUCUUGUCACAGGAUUUGGUGCGACUGCUUACGGAAGUGUUGCAUCCUCUAUGCUGCUCGCAGCUCAAGUUAAGAUCGUCGACCAAACGUCAUGCGUGCAAUCAUACCUCCGUUUCACCGCCAUUACUUCGGGAAUGAUAUGUGCAAUUGGAAGUAAUCCCUCACGAGACGCCUGCCAAGGGGACUCCGGCGGUCCCCUGGUUUAUAAUAAUCGUCUCGUUGGUAUUGUGUCAUUCGGAGAAGGUUGUGCAGACAUCAAUUACCCCGGAGUGUACACUAGGGUAUCAGCUUACGAAUCCUGGAUCUACCAAAAAUUAACCGGGAUAUAGUGCUCCAGAAUCAUCAUUUUGAAGUAAAGUUAGAGGUUGUCUGUUUCUACAUAAUACUUUCUAUGUAAUAAAUUUAUAAACUAAAUCUUAUUAAAAAAUAAUAUUUGUUAAUAUUUGUCUCUAACUGGUUUACAGGGACUUUAUUAUUUAUUUUUUAUUUCAA